AUGGACUCCAGUAGUAUGAUACAACCUCGACUGCGACAGCUAAUUGUUACUCGUCACCAUAUGAGCCGUGCCAUGAUAAAACCAACAUGGUGUGUUUUCGACGCGCAUAUCUCCAGAUCAGCUUGUGCAUCAGCGCAGUGUGGUCAGUAUCCAUGCUGUUCUCUAACGGUUUCUGGAAGUUAUUUUGGUGAUCUUGAAGAUAUUGAAGGAGAGUUAGAAAGGAAUAGCAGUAGAAGAGGCAGGGGCAGGGGCAGGGCUAGAGUUAAGACAACCAGUGGAACAGACAGAGGUGGAAGGGGAAGAGGAGUUUGGGGCAGUAGGUCCAGAAGCAGUGGUGGAAGCAGGGGUAGACGAGGGCAAGGCAGGGGUCGGGUGGUCGUGCAAAAGUACCAGGUUGUCCAAGUUAGACAAAGAAAGAAAUUAGCCAGUACUGGUACAGUCAAACAUGUGAAGAGAGAAUUGGUGAAACGUAUGGACACAGAGAAGCUGAGGAAUCUGGUUCUGGCCUUACUGAAGAGGGAGCCGGGGCUUCUCUUUGAUCUUGUAGAGGAUGACGCCGUCAUCAUGACGGGACUCCACCACCAUCACCUCCAGCAAAUGAACCGUAUUGUUCUUGACCCAGGAGUAAUGGCAAUAGGACAGGCCUACUACAGGGAUAUGUUGGGAAGACAUCGCCAACGAGUUGAAGAUUACAAUAGAACCAUGCGACAUGCAGGAUAUCGCAAUUUUACACUUUGGAGAUACGGACACUUGGGGGCUGGAAUCAGACGAGUGAUUCCUAGUUGCUGUGUUCUAGCUAUAAGGCAAACAUUUCCUUCAGCCUCAGGACAGUACACAGGCUUUGUGCCUGCAUGUUUCGUUUGAAUUACAUUGUCAUUUUACAGACCUUACCAUUUUUGUGCCAUGUGUAAUUUACUCAGAGGAGAAUAACCCAGUUUUCCAAAGCAUGGUCAAGACAGUCAUGUGAUUAUUCACCUAUACAGUGCCUUUUCUUUAAUGUAUAAAAGGAAAGACUGUGAAUAUAAAACCCUUAUGAAAGUUCUAGUUUAGGUCUUGGAGACUUUUGUUCACAUUCAACUACUGAUGUUUAUCAUUUGAGUUUGUUUGCUUAUGAUUGACACUUUUGAGAUACAGUUUGUAUUGUCUUUAGACUACAGGAAAUCAUGAGGAAUUUUCAAGUGAUGUUAUUUUCAACAUCCAAAAAAAAGCUGAAGUAACUACA